UGCGCAAGGCACAUGCGUGUUAGGGUUGUGGUUAUUAUUUAAGCACGUGCAACACUGCGAAAACAGAGUUUUGAACUUCGCCUCUGGUGAGUGCACAAGGAACCAACACAAUGGCGCUCGCACGUAUUUUACUCGUUGCUCUAUUCGUCUGUUCACUUUUCAUCAACAACGCAGAAGGUGCGAUAACCGUGUCACCGGUGACAGUUGACGAGGCGGCCGGCACCGCCACAGUAACAGUCAAUAACGAUUUAGGAAUGUCUACCGGGGCAUGGGGCUUCGCGUGGGCAACGGCCGAUGGUACGGCUACUGCAGGAUCGGACUACACAGCAGUAACUUCGGACACUAAAAUUGUAGCUUGGCCUACCGCCACCGCAGACCUCUCAAUCAGCAUAUUGGACGAUACUGAUUUCGAUCCUGGCGAGACGUUCACCGUGGAUUUGACGGGCUUCUUUGGGGGAGAACCAGACAUGAAUGUUGUUGUAACCAUCACUGAUAAUGAACGCAUCCCUCUAAACCUCACUCAGCCCGCAGCCAUUACUAAACGGGAAGGAACGGGAAACGUCAGUCUGACCCUCACCUUGGACAGCGCCGCCCCCUACGACUUCAACGCAACAGUCGGCACCAUGGACGGGACAGCCACAGCACCAGACGAUUACGCGACCGUCACCGACAAACAUGUCUCCUUUUCUGCAGGUGACACGACCGUUACCCUCACAGACCUGAUAUACAUAAAUGAUGACGCGCUGGCUGAACCAUCGGAGACCUUCGACAUCAUCAUAUACAGUGUCGACCUCGCGGGCAACUACACUGCCGUCGUCACAAUCGAGGAUGAUGACACUCCUGUCAACUCUCAUUGUAAACGCCAGGGUCAAACUUGUCUGAAUGGUGGAACGUGUGACGACACUUCAGGGAUGUGCGCCUGUCCCGCUGACCGUACAGGACCCAACUGUGCUCAUUUGAUAGCCGAUUUGCAAACGCCCUGCGACAAUAGCACCUGUGUUCAUGGCAUCUGUCUGACUGGACCCCCAGCAGCUUGUGUGUGUAAUCCGGGAUAUGCUGGGGCAAUGUGCGACAACAAAGCUUACUACCAUCAGUGUAACCCCAACAACAUCAGCGUCUGUAUUACUCCUUUCUCCCACGACACCUUCGUUGGUAAGAUCUACGUCCAGGGCAUGAGAGACACCGUCGGCUGCAACCUCACUCUCGCACCAAACACAGCUGAUCCUAGUGACGGCAUCGCCGACUGGUGUCAGGGCUAUGCUGGGAUAUUCGAAUACAACGGCACCUGUGGAGAACUUGGGCCAAUUCCAGAGGGUGAUUUAAAGAAGUACGAGCUGAAACUUGACGUACGCUACUCUCCUGGUAUUAGGAAAUCCACUGAUGAGGAAGUGACCUUCAAAUGUUCUUUCAACGAUGCCGAGGUAGUUGUGGAUUCCCCAGCUCAAGCUAUCAACACGGGAAGUUCUGGUGGUGGAACCAAGAAUGGAGGCAGCGAUACCCUCACCCCCGCAGCACAGACCGUCGUUACUGCUGAUGGGGGUCCUAUCCUGGGACCCGUCACGGCGGGAGACCCACUGCAGACAUGCGUCACCGUGCAAGGAUUGGACAACUUCAAUGGAAUUGUCAUCAAAAACAUCACUAUCAACAACAAUAGGACCGCUCCAGAUUACAGGGAAAUGUUGGUGUACGAUGGCGGCUGCGAUGUAUCUGGUGCUGGGUUAGUGACCACACUCCCUGCCUACAAGCCUCCUACUGAGAAACACACACUGUGUUUUAUGCUGGAAAGUUUCACCUUUGAGCACGAUGAUGGUUUAACCAACCCUGCCCUGGGGAUUGUCAGCGUCGUCCAAGUGUUUGGUUUGGCUGCGGAUGCCACCCAGCCCGGAUGUGUCCGCAGAAGAAAGAGAAACACUGAGGGCACAAAUGCAACGCCCAGCGGGAUUUCUCAGGAGGAAGAGCUUACCUCUGUUGUCUACCUUGUCAGAUCCAAAACCCUUCAAAGCACCAGUUCCCAGGAAACUACGUGUGCCAAAGAAUGGUUAUUGCCCGCCAUGAUCGGCCUCGGCAUCGUCACCAUCACUAUGGCUGUCGUCAUCAUCGUCCUCGUCUACACUGUCAUCAGACAGUUCAAGGGAAAGCAAAUCGCAUAGACUCAGCAUCGCGGCUAGUAACACCAAACACAUCUGACUAUCAAUAUGUUACUGUAAACAUACUCCAUUUCUUUCAAAACGCUUCAAAUCCAGAAACUAAUUUUAGAACAUUUAUUAAAAACAAUAUAUAUUAAAAUAAAGAAUAAGGAUGAACUUUUAAAAAAUUAAAUUACCAACGUAAUAUCCUCUACAGGCAACUGUAGAAAAAUGUUGAUGACUCCAAUGACCCUGCCACGAAAUCCAACUUGAGGUGAAUAUUGCACCUUAAGACACGAGUAAUGAACCAUUUGCAGGGGUUUGCACUAUUCUACUGACAUUUGGAUUGAUUGCUUAUUAACAAUGUCUGGAAAUGUGUAGGAAAGUGAUUUUUCGAACAGAAUAUGUAACACUUUGCUAUUUCACCGAUGUGAUUUAGGAAAGUAACAAAAUUAUUUUUACGGUAGAAGAAUGCGAAUAACUGCAGGUGUACCAAACUGGACCAAAUGCAGUCGUAUCAGUUGAUGGAUUUAUGCUGUCAACAUGACACGGUGACACAUGUGAAAGGUUUUCUCUAUACUUUCAGCAAGAUCAUACUGUACCAUAUAUCUGAUAAGUACGCACUGUCAGACUUACUUUGGUUGUAUUUGUGUCCUACAAUAAAAUUCGAGCAUAUUA